AUGGAUAACUCAUGGAUUAUGAAACCACAAACGUCGGCUGCAUACGAGCAAGGGAUAGUGGAAUUUAUUAAUUUUGCCUUUAAAGACGAAGUGGAAAAUGGUAAAGUAAUAUGCCCCUGUAGAGUUUGCCGUUUCAAAAAACCGCAAAGUAGGAGCGUAAUGUUCGACCACCUAAAGUGGUCACCAUUUCCAAAGGGGUACACUGUUUUGCUGCAUCAUGGGGAGUCCUUGGGAGAAACUAGUAGCGUCUCAACUAGUACUAUUCCAAAUAUAGGUCAAGACACGGUGGUUGUUGAAGAUUCUAUUCAAAACAUGAUCAAUGAUGCGUUUGGAGUUGAUAGGGAUCAGACAAAUAAGGAACCCAUUGCAUCAAAUGUAGAGAUUGAUCGAGAUGAAGAUGUGAUACCAAGUAGUGAUAAGUCGUUGACAAUGAUUUUAGAGCUAUUAAAGGAUGCAUUUGAAUUUGCAAGUAUUCCAAGUUCGUUUUAUGAAGCAAAGAAAACAAUUACAAAACUUGGUAUGAAUUAUGUGAAGAUACCUGCAUGUCCCAACGAUUGUAUGCUUUAUUGGGGUGAAGAUGAAGAGAGGGAGACAUGUAAAAUUUGUAACACUUCAAAAUGGAAAUCAGGGGAAAAGGAUUGUGUUGUCAAUAAUCGAAAAAAAGUUCCAACAAAAGUUCUUCGUUAUUUUCCAUUAAAACCUCGAUUGAAAAGACUGUUUUUUUCAUCAAAGACUGCCGAGGAUAUGAGAUGGCAUGCAGUUGAUAAUAACAACGAUGGAAUGAUGAGGCAUCCUAGAGAUUCUGAAGCUUGGAAACAAUUUGACCUGAAACACACUUGGUUUGCAUCAGAUCCGCGAAACUUGCGUCUUGCAUUAGCUAGUGAUGGCUUUAAUCCAUUUGGUGUAAUGAGUUCAAAUUAUAGCAUUUGGCCAGCUGUGCUCAUCCCAUACAACACUCCUCCAUGCUUGUGCAUGAAAGAUACAUCUUUUAUAAUGUCGAUGAUAAUUCCUGGUAAAUAUUCGCCAGGAAAUGAUAUCGAUGUCUACUUACAACCUUUAGUCAAGGAGUUGAAGGAGUUAUGGACAACUGGUGUGGACACAUAUGAUUCUUUUAAGAAAGAGGUGUUCACAUUACACGGAACCUUGAUGUGGACGAUUAGUGACUUUCCGGGGUUAGGUAUGCUUUCUGGUUGGAACACAUACACCGGUUUUGCAUGUCCUUCGUGUAACACCGACACUGAACCUUGUCGUCUUCAAAAUAGCAGUAAAUGGUGUUUUAUGGGUCAUAGUCGUUACCUUGAUCGGAGACACAAAUUUAGAUUGAACAAGGUUCACUUUGAUGGUGAGCAAGAAAUGCGUAGUCCACCGGUAACAUUAUCUGGACAUCAAGUUCUUCAACAGGUUGAAAACAUAAAGGUCAUUUUUGGUAAAAAGCCAAAGAAAGCAGGGUUGGGAAAAAGAAAAGGCAAGAAACAACCUACACAAGGUGACCCUCCAAACCAGAAAAAAAGGACAGGCAAGAGGCAAUCUACAAAAGAUGACCCUCCAAUCUAG